CGGCGCUGGGGCCGCGGCGGGAGCAGCAGCGCUGCGGGCAGGGCCGGGCGCUCCGGCUGAGAUUUGGAGGCUGGAAGUCCAACGUCAAAGCCCAGGUGAAAGCGGUGUCUGGUGAGAGCCUGCUUCCUGAUCCGGAGACGGCCAUCUUGUCACUGCAUCCGCACGUGGACGACGGGGAGAAAGUUCCACUUGAACCCACACGGCUCUGCUCUGUCUGUCUUUCGAGAACAUUCAGGCUUUGAGUGCCGAGAGUGAGCCCCGCCAGAUGGCAGCUUCCCCAGGCUGUCGUCUUACCCUCCAAGAAUCGUUUCAUGGAUUCACGUGCCAUACUUAACCAUGCUGCCUUUUUCUAGGACCCGGUAAAGCCUUCUGACUCUUACUCUCUCUCAGAGCACAGACUAGACUUCAGGUAAAGCCAGCGCACAUGAGUUGUGGUUCACGUCGAGUGGCAAGACUGUGAUCAAGGUUACAAUGGGGAACUCUGAGAGUCAGUACACCCUUCCAGGAUCUAAAAAUCAUAGCAGUUCUAACACUGGUGCUGAGCAAAAGCCUUGCUCCCUGAAAAUCCGCAGCGUUCAUGGGAGGGAUGACAAGUCCCUGCACGGAUGGGGUCACGGAGGCAGCGGAGCGGGUUACAAGUCCCGGUCCCUGGCCCGAAGCUGCCUUUCCCACUUUAAGAGCGCUCAGCCUUACGCAUCCAGACUGGGCGGACCCACGUGCAAAGUCCCCAAAAGCAGCGCCUACCCCAAGCCCAGGACGAGCGGCUCGGGGAACGAGUUCCAGAGCGGCAGCGCGGCCUUCUCGGCGGAGAACGGCUUCCACGACGUGGGGCACGAGCGGGCGGCUGAGCUCGCCGUCUCGAGGGACUGCAGUGGGCACCUUCUCAACUGCUACGGGAGGAACGAGAGCGCGGCCGCCACGCCGCCCGGCGAGGACCGCAGGAGCCCCCGGGUGCUCAUCAAGACGCUGGGGAAGCUGGACGGCUGUCUGCGGGUCGAGUUCCACAGCGGCGGCCAGCAGGGCAGGGGGCCCCGGGGGGACGCGGGCGGCCCGGUGCGGCUGCUGCGCUACUCGCCCACCCUGGGCCCCGGGCCCGACUCGCCCCCGGACUCGCGGCCGCGCUCCAGCAAGGGCAGCUCCCUGAGCUCCGAGUCGUCCUGGUACGACUCGCCCUGGGGCCCCGUGGGCGAGGCCAGCGAGGCCAGCGAGACGGAGGGCUCCUUGCCUGUGCCCGGCACGCCCGCCCCCGGCCUCUGCGCCGCCGACUUCCCGCCGCCCGGGGCCCCCAAGCCGUUCAACCAAAGCUCGUCCCUGGCCUCGCUCCGGGAGCUCUACCCCAACCCCAGCCCGGCGCCCUCGGGCCUGCGGCUGUCCGCCGAGUUCGUGGGCACGCACGCCAGCCUCAGCCACCGCGUGUCCUUCGCCUCGGACAUGGACGUGCCGUCCCGGGUGGAGCGCAGGGACCCCGGCCCGUACUCGUCCUUCACCCUCCCCUGCCGCAAGUCCAAGGCCUUGACCGAGGACGCCUCCAAGAAGGACACGCUCAAAGCCCGCAUGCGCCGCAUCAGCGACUGGACGGGAAGCCUCUCCAGAAAGAAAAGGAAGCUGCAGGAGCCGAGGUCCAAGGAAGGCAGUGACUACUUUGACAGCCGCUCAGAUGGACUGAAUGUGGACGUGCAGGGGCCCUUCCAGAUGUCUGCUUCACUGUGGUCUGGAGGCUCCGCUCAGAUCCUGUCCCAGAGAAGCGAAUCCGCUCAUGCAAUUGGCAGCGAUUCCCUCCAACAGAACAUUUAUGAGAAUUUCAUGCGGGAGCUGGAAAUGAGCAGGACCAGCACAGAGCAUGUAGAAACGUCCACAGAAACCGCAGACUCCAGCAGUGGGUCCCUCAGCUCUUUGGAGCAACUUGAUCUGCUUUUUGAGAAGGAGCAAGGGGUGGUCCGAAAAGCUGGAUGGCUGUUCUUCAAACCCCUCGUCACUUUGCAGAAGGAAAAGAAGCUGGAGUUGGUGGCCCGGAGGAAGUGGAAACAGUACUGGGUAACACUGAAAGGUUGCACCCUGCUGUUCUAUGAGACCUAUGGGAAGAAUUCCAUGGACCAGAGCAGCGCCCCUCGGUGUGCACUGUUUGCAGAGGACAGCAUAGUGCAGUCAGUCCCAGAACACCCCAAGAAGGAAAAUGUGUUCUGCCUCAGCAACUCCUUUGGAGAUGUCUACCUUUUCCAGGCCUCUAGCCAGACAGAUCUUGAAAACUGGGUCACUGCCAUACAUUCAGCUUGUGCCUCCCUUUUUGCAAAGAAGCAUGGGAAAGAGGACACGGUUCGGCUACUCAAGAAUCAGACCAGAAACCUCAUUCAGAAGAUAGAUAUGGACAGCAAGAUGAAAAAGAUGGCAGAAUUGCAGCUGUCCAUCGUGAGCGACCCAAAGAACAGGAAAGCCAUAGAAAACCAGAUCCAGCAGUGGGAGCAGAACCUGGAGAAGUUUCACAUGGAUCUGUUUAGGAUGCGUUGCUACCUGGCCAGCCUACAAGGCGGGGAGCUGCCAAACCCCAAGAGCCUCCUGGCCGCUGCCAGCCGCCCCUCCAAGCUGGCCCUCGGCAGGCUGGGCAUCUUGUCGGUUUCUUCUUUCCAUGCUCUGGUAUGUUCUAGAGAUGACUCUGCCCUCCGGAAAAGAACACUCUCACUGACCCAGCGAGGAAGGAACAAGAAGGGUCUAUUUUCUUCACUAAAAGGGCUGGACACGCUGGCGAGAAAAGGGAAGGAAAAAAGACCUUCUGUACCUCAGGUGGAUGAACUUCUGCAUAUAUACGGUUCAGCAGCCGAUGGUGUUCCCCGAGACAACACGUGGGAGGUCCAGACCUACGUUCAUUUUCAGGAUAAUCAAGGGGUUACUAUAAUGAUCAAGCCAGAACAUAGAGUAGAAGAUAUUUUGACUCUUGCAUGCAAGAUGAGGCAGCUGGAACCCAGCCACUAUGGACUGCAACUCCGAAAAUUAGUGGAUGAAAACAUGGAGUACUGUGUCCCUGCGCUGUAUGAAUUCAUGCAAGAACAGGUUUAUGAUGAAAUAGAAAUCUUCCCACUGAAUGUUUACGACGUGCAGCUCACGAAGACCGGAAGCGUGUCUGACUUUGGGUUUGCAGUGACAGCGCAGGUGGACGAGCAUCAGCAUCUCAGCCGCAUACUGAUAAGCGACGUUCUCCCUGACGGCUUGGCAUAUGGAGAAGGGUUGAGAAAGGGCAAUGAAAUCAUGACCUUAAAUGGGGAAGCUGUGUCUGACCUUGACCUGAAGCAGAUGGAGGCCUUGUUUUCCGAACGGAGCGUCGGGCUCACUCUGAUUGCCCGGCCGCCAGAGACAAAAGGCACCUUGUGCUCGUCCUGGUCAGACAGUGACCUGUUCUCAAGGGACCAGAAGCAUCUGCUGCCCCCUCCGAACCAGUCCCAGCUUCUGGAGGAGUUCCUGGACAACUUUAAAAAGAAUACAACCAACGAUUUCAGCAACGUCCCUGAUGUCACCACUGGCCUGAAAAGGAGUCAGACCGAUGGCGCGCUGGCCCAGGUCCCCCACGGGGAGAAAACAGGGCAAACAUUCGGGAGUGCAGAACAGAUCGCCGCGCUGUGUAGGAGCUUCAGCGACGCGCAGAGUGACGGCAUGGAAGGGCCGAGGGGGACUCGGGACCCACCUCCGCGGCCGCUGGCUCGUCACCUCUCCGAUGCAGAUCGCCUCCGAAAAGUCAUCCAGGAGCUGAUGGACACGGAGAAGUCCUACGUGAAGGGCUGCAGCUGGCUGGCUCCGCGGCUCAGUGCUCCCGGCUCCCGGUGUGAUCUGAGCUGCCUCUUUGAAUUAUACUUGGAGCCACUUCAGAAUGAGACCUUUCUCACCCAAGAUGAGAUGGAGUCACUUUUUGGAAGUUUGCCAGAGAUGCUUGAAUUUCAAAAGGUGUUUCUGGAAACUCUGGAGGAUGGGAUUUCAGCAUCCUCGGACUUUAACAGCCUUGAGACUCCCUCACAGUUCAGAAAAUUGCUCUUUUCCCUUGGAGGCUCUUUCCUUUAUUACGCGGACCAUUUUAAACUCUACAGUGGAUUCUGUGCUAAUCAUAUUAAAGUACAGAAGGUUCUGGAGCGAGCUAAAACUGAUAAAGCCUUCAAGGCUUUUCUGGAUGCCCGGAAUCCCACGAAGCAGCAUUCCUCCACCCUGGAGUCCUACCUCAUCAAGCCCGUGCAGAGGGUGCUCAAGUACCCUCUGCUGCUCAAGGAGCUCGUGUCGCUGACGGACCACGAGAGCGAGGAGCACUAUCACCUGACCGAAGCACUAAAGGCAAUGGAAAAAGUAGCGAGCCACAUCAAUGAGAUGCAAAAGAUCUACGAGGAUUAUGGGACCGUGUUUGACCAGCUAGUGGCAGAGCAGAGUGGAACAGAGAAGGAGGUAACGGAACUUUCCAUGGGGGAGCUUCUGAUGCACUCUGCAGUUUCCUGGUUGAAUCCAUUUCUGUCUCUAGGAAAAGCCAGAAAGGACCUUGAACUCACAGUGUUUGUUUUUAAGAGAGCUGUCAUCCUGGUUUAUAAAGAAAACUGCAAACUGAAAAAGAAAUUGCCCUCGAAUUCCCGGCCUGCACACAGCUCUGCCGACUUGGACCCAUUUAAAUUUCGCUGGUUGAUCCCCAUAUCCGCACUUCAAGUCAGACUGGGGAAUACAGCAGGGACAGAAAAUAAUUCUGUAUGGGAGCUGAUCCAUACGAAAUCAGAAAUAGAAGGACGGCCAGAAACUGUCUUCCAACUGUGCUGCAGUGACAGUGAAAGCAAAACCAACAUCGUCAAGGUGAUUCGCUCUAUUCUGAGGGAAAACUUCAGGCGUCACAUCAAGUGUGAAUUACCCCUGGAGAAGACCUGUAAGGACCGCCUGGUCCCCCUUAAGAACCGAGUUCCUGUUUCAGCCAAGUUAGCCUCCUCCAGGUCCUUAAAAGUCCUCAAGAAUUCCUCCAGCAGCGAGUGGCCCGGCGAGCCCGGCAAGGGCAGCAGCUCGCUGGACUCCGACGAGGGCAGCCUGAGCAGCGGCACGCAGAGCAGCGGAUGCCCCUUGGGCGGGAGCAGGCAGGAUUCCCUGCAGCAGCCCCAGCCGGGCCUGGCUGAUCUGUCGGACAGUCUCAUCAAAGAGAGUGACAUUCUGAGCGACGACGAGGACGACUACCAUCAGACUAUCCAACAGGGCAGCCCUACCAAAGACAUUGAGAUUCAGUUCCAGAGACUGCGGAUCUCCGACGCCCCGGACGCCAAGCCAGCCGAGCAGCCCGGCACGGAGGGCCGGCCCAAGGGGGAGCAGCCCAAGCUGGUGCGGGGGCACUUCUGCGCCAUUAAACGGAAAGCCAACAGCACCAAACGGGACAGGGGAGCUUUGCUGAAGGCACAGAUUCGUCAUCAGUCCCUCGACAGCCAGUCUGAAAAUGCCAACCUUGAUCUCGGUUCUGUUCUGCAGCGGGAGUUCAGUGUCCAGAGUUUAACCUCGGUGGUCAACGAGGAGUGUUUUUAUGAAACAGAGGGCCACGGACAAUUGUAGUCCAGUCUCCGGCCAGACGUGGGCUCGGCUGCUUGUUUCACUUAAAACUGGUGGCCAAGUGGAAACUGCAAAAAAAACUACUCAUUAUUGGGUUUUGUGCAGCAUACAUUUUCCCACAAAAUAGUUGUAAAGAUUUAAGUUAUUUUAAUUUAUUGUAGAUCAGAAAACUAGAUUAAACUGAUCAGAAUCUGUAAGAAUCUGUAAAUUACUUAGUUUAUAUCCCUUUUGAGCAGGUAUCAAAAUGACUUAGGAUCCUUAAAAUUGCAGUCUAUUUUAAUUUAUGUGGAAAAACUAAGAUGGGGAGUUGUGAUUAAUAGUUUUUAAAAGGUCAUUGUUUUUUUCCAAUCCUUCGGGGCAUUUCCUUUGAGCUGUUAGUUUUUGCUUUAUUUAAAGCAUAUUUAUUUUUAAUGGGGGUGAGGGGCACAAUGUGCAGAUAUUUCAUUUUUGUAAGGUUGUAACAGAUGCUGUUUAUACUGAACAUGUUAUAUCUAUGCAGUAUAUAUAUUAAAAGAGCGCUUGUACUGUA